UUCGGGCCUACCGUUUGUAGUUCGCGGCCUUGUCUGUACGGAGACGUUGCACUUUGCAGACAAACAUAAGCAGCGUUACCUGUUCGACGUAAUGCCUAACUGAAAGACGAAGGGUGCAAAACCGAAAACUAGAUCGAGCGAAAAGCGCCAGAGACACAAAGGUGAAUGAGAAAGAGAAACACAGCUUGAGAAGCGUGAGCGAUGUGGAGGCGCGUGAUUUCGCUUUCUUCCUUGAUAUCUUCCUCAAAAUCAACCUUGUCGAACCAGGCAGCAGUUAGGUUGAAGGUCUGGGAGUCGCUUACUACAGAGGCGAAAGGUGGCAUUGCAUCCUGGGUCAAAACUCCAUUCAUAACCUUUGUGUUAGGUGGCCCUGGUAGCGGAAAAGGUACUCAAUGUGAAAAAAUUGUUGAGACUUUUGGAUUCACUCAUCUCAGUGCAGGAGAUUUAUUAAGGAGGGAAAUAGCUUCUAACAGUAAAGAUGGGACCAUGAUUCUUAAAACAAUUAUUGAGGGAAAAAUUGUUCCUUCUGAAGUGACAGUCAAGUUGAUAAAAAGGGAGAUGGAAUCAAGUGAUAAUGUUAAAUUUCUCAUUGAUGGUUUUCCAAGAAGUGAGGAGAAUCGCGUAUCAUUUGAACAGAUUAUUGGAGCAGAACCCAACAUUGUGCUUUACUUUGAUUGCCCUGAAAAAGAGAUGAUAGAGCGAGUGCUAAGCCGUAAUCAAGGCCGAGUUGAUGAUAAUAUAAAUACUAUCAAGAAGCGCCUCGAAGUGUUUGAAGCAUUAAGUCUUCCAGUUAUUAACUAUUACUCCAAUAAAGGGAAGCUCCACAAGAUAAACGCAGUUGGAACAGUAGAUGAGAUUUUUGAACAGGUUCACCCAAUUUUCGACAUGUGCAAGGAAUGAUCAACAAUUGCUAAGGCAUCAAUGCAAGACAUGUUGUUAACAUCAUGUGCUUAUAACAGAGCUUAUUUGUAGGACAACUGGUCUGCGACAGUGAAUAAAAUGUGAAUUUAAUCCUCCAAUUCAAGGACAGGAUGUGCGAAAAGUCAUCUUUGUGAUCGGAGUUGCUCUGCUUUUUUGAGCCCUAAUGGGUACAGUGCGAAGAGAAGAUUCCUGAGCUAAUGGUUUCCGGAAGUUUGCAGGUAGCAUUACCCUUUUCAGCCUAAAGGAUGAAAUUCUCUCCUCUGUUUUCUUCUACUUGAUGAUGUAUGGUUAUUCCCAAAGAGAUCUUUGCGGCUCAAAUAUUUUGUUCUGAGUUUAAUUAUAUAUAUUUUCAGCUUAAUUGAUCAAUAGCAAUGAAGAGCGUGCUUGAAGAGUCUGAACUUUGGUUCAUUGAUCAAUGUAAACAUAGCUAAUGAGUAUAUUAUAGAAAAGGGAUUGACAUUCCAAACUUUCCUUAAAACAAAUUCCUUCAAGGUCAUGGGAAAUUUCCCUUCCUGGACUAGGGGGAUGUUCCUACAUUUGGAAUGGUUUAGUCUUCGCUAGUAGUGUAUCCAUUGUCCGUCUUGAUUAAUAGGUGUUAAGAUUCAGCUG